CCUACAUUCGAUUUUCGAAGUUAACCUUUCUCAGAAAUGCAGUACGAGAAAUUUCUAAUCUAUAAUUUAUUGAAACGUGUCAUCUAAGACUGCCGUUUUUAUAAAACACGCACUCGCUCUUAUUUUUUGCGAAUGAAACUGACAAUGGAGACUCAUUGAUUACAUAUACUGUUCUAAAAAAUAUUGCAUUCGGGGCACUGAGACGUUUUCUAGAAUUUAUUGUGCGUAGAGAUGUGAAGGAGUCUCGCUGUUUAUACUGACAACUGUUGAGGACUAGGUUUUUCGGCCCACUCCAAUAGAAUAUCUAUGCAUUAGGAAAUUAACUCUUCAUUGAUUAUAAGUUCACGCGGGGUUAGAAGAAUCAGAAUACUAUUCAAGUGCAAAGAAUUAAAAUUGGAACUUUAAAUUUUUCUACAUGUAUUUGUAAUUUUAAACGCCUUGGUGAAUAAACAUUCGGUGGCUAACAGUUGGACAUUGGUCAAUACUAAUUCGAUCGGGUCAUAAAAGUAUACCACCAGCAAUAGCAGUAAUGAAAUUGCUACAUACGCUCCAUGAAGAAGUCUCGACGUUAAAUUGUUUAAAUCUGGAAUAGUUCCGAUAGGGAAUUGUACAACAUAGGACGUGAAAGUUACUUGCCAUAAAUAUGAUGCUGAACAAUCGGUAAAUAUCUGAUUUAUUCCACAGACAAUUAAAAAUAUUGGUUGUAGGUGCAGCCAUGUGCGAAAUAUUCCAUUGAUUACAAAUAGUAGUGUUGAAAGUUUUCAAGUGAAUGAAAGUCUAAGUAACAUGGGAAAACAGAGCAGUAAACUGGAACCAAAGGAACUCAGUGAACUUAAUUUACAAACUAACUUUACGGAAGAGGAACUUCAGCAAUGGUACAAAGGGUUCAUAAAAGAGUGUCCAAAGGGCAGCCUCACAAUGGACGAAUUCAAGAAAGUUUACGCGAAUUUUUUUCCACGUGGAGAUGCCACAUCGUUUGCUGAGUAUGUGUUCAAGGCUUUCGAUGAGAAUAAAGAUGGUUCAUUGGACUUUAGAGAAUUUAUGUGUGCUCUCAGUGUCUCAUCGAGGGGAACCUUGGAUGAAAAAAUAAAAUUCGCCUUCCGGAUCUAUGAUCUAGACGGUGAUGGUUUUAUUUCGAAGUCUGAGAUGUUAGAAAUCAUUAGGGCAAUCCAUAGAAUGGUUGCAUCUACAAUGAAGUCUGAGCAUAAGAAAUCCACCCCGGAGGAAAGGACUGAACUCAUUUUCAAACGCAUGGACAAAAAUGCGGACGACAAACUGUCGCUGUCGGAAUUUACGGAUGGGGUGAAGGCGGAUCAAUCCAUUGUUAGUUUUCUGCAAGGGCUGACAUAAAAUCAAACAAUCCAUUUAUAAAAAUGAUACCGGAUAGUGGUGUCUGUUGUUAGUAUUACUGUAAUCAGCCUCUGCACUCCUUGAGGUGAAAGCUUUUGUCUAUAAAUGAUUAAGUGUGGUAUUGCAACACUUCCUACCAAACCUUGAUUCAAAACACUUUAUGGACACGCAUCAAAGUUCUAUUGGAAGACCACAUACAUAUUUUUUAAGCAUCUUUAGAAGUUACAAAAGAAAAAUGUGUUUAAAAAAAUAGUAGUCGAAACCCCUCUCUAGAUCUAUGGUGCAAAUUCUAGCAAUUCUAACAAACGCUAAACUUUCGCUAGUACUCGUGUGCUUACUCGAGAGAUAGUUAGCUUUUAAUAAAUGCAAAAUGUUACCGAGUAGGUCUCAUUCCUCUAAAUUGGUAAGAGAGUUUUUUUCCCGAAUCUGCUGGAAACCGUUUCUUAACUCACUUCUGUUCCACCUCUUUCAAUGUGUUCGGAAAGCAUUUCUUUUUUUUCGUUGAUUAGUGUACCGUUACCGCAGAAAAUUUCGAAUGACAUCCCACGAGUCUUUUCGGGGAUAAAGCGAGGCUUCUUGCGGUGCCAAGCAAAACUUACAGGAAGUGAGGAGAUAACAAUAGCUUGUUCCAAAAUACAUUCGACAUCUGCUCAAGGAUUUUUUUUCUUAUGAUAAAACUUAUGAUAUUAAAUACGUAAAAAAAAAUCCUUAAACAGUGGAUUGAUUGUUACAUUUAAUAAAUUCUAUUACACUAUUAAUGUUUUUACUUGUUGGAUCACAUUUGUAACCUGAC